AUGGAUCUAUUAGAUAGUUGCAUGAUAAAACUGGAAAAAGAAGUUGAAGGAAAAGAAACAUCAAAUAUAGUCUUUAAUCCCAUUGAAAAUACGGAAGAUCCACUGUCCUUAAAUGUGCACAUUAAAGAAGAGUCUAUAGAAGAGCAAGUUGUUAAAUUUGAAAACACAUCUUAUGCUUUAUGUUACCAAGAAAGAACUGAAGAUAAAAAUUCUCGUGAUCUUAAAAGAGCUUCAAUUACUACAUACACACGAGAAAAACGUAAGAAUGAGAAUUAUCGAAAGUCUGAAAGGCUCAAAAAUGCUGAAUGCAUGAAGAAGAAACAAAAGAACAAAAAUCAUCGUAGAAAUGAAAGACCAAGAAUUGCUGCGAGCGUAAGAAAGAAACGUAUGGACCCACAAUAUCGUGAAUCUGAAAGAGCUAAAAAUGCAGCACGCAUAAAACAGAAACGUAAAGACCCACAAUAUUGUGAAUCUGAAAGGGCUAGAAAUGCUGCAUACAAGCGAGAGAAACGUAAGGAUCCGCAAUAUUGUGAAUCUGAAAGGGCUAAAAAUGCUGCACGCAUAAGAGAGAGACGUAAAGAUGAGAAUUAUCGUAAGUCUGAAAGGCUCAAAGAUGCUGCAUACAAGCGAGAGAAACGUAAGGACAAGAAUGAUCGUAAUUCCGAUUCAUACUUGAUGGAGAUAUACAAACAAGAAGAAUGUCAACAAGUAGAAGAAAGUUUCAUACCCGAAAAAGAUUUUAACAAUUUUAGCGACAUAAUUAAAGAAGAAGAAGAAUGUUUUGAUAAUAAUUAUGCCAUUUACUUUAAAACAUAA